AAACAAAAUUAAUGGCCAAGAACAGUCUCUGGUACACUCUUUCGAAGAUGUUAGCGAAAAAUCAAUAAUGGUGUGAUUUUGACAAGUAUUUGUGUUUCACUGAUGCCCUUUAGUGGUUUAUAAAGCACAUUAGUAUCCACAGAGACACGAAAAGGUGACAAUUGUGUGCGUUAUGCGCAAAAAUCAAUGAAGAGUUGGCGAGGCGAUCAUCGACGGGAAAUGACAAUUGAGAGCCCGCAUCAUCAUUGCCGACUCGUCUUGUGAUUUCUGUGCCUGUGCUCUCACCGCCCACACCAAAGAUGGACAGUACAGACCGAAGACAGACACCAGAACCCCUGGUUCCUACCACACCCAAAGAUGAUGAUAAUGUGACAAAUGCCAAAGAUGAGGUAGCCUCCCUGGCUGAACGGCUCUCCCUGCAUAGCAUACCUAGCAUAGACCGCAGCGAUGGCACUGCUAGUCCUGAUACCUCUACUAAUAUUCCUAACCUAGCUCACACUCCUCCAAACUCACCCAAAACACCCAUUCUUGCUCACACACCUCCCCCAGCCCCACCCACAAAGCCGCCUUCAGUAAGAAAUCAUUCACCCCGUCCAAAGUCAAAUCCUCCUUCUAAGCAUUCUGGGGACAGUCAAAGUUCUAGCCAGAGCCCAGACGACCCUCCAUCUCCAGGUCCUACCAACCAACUUUCUUGUCCUGAUGAUUCUCCAGAGUCAGAUGAUCCUCCACCGCCAGCACCACCUCCCUCCAAUGCUGAAGCAGCUAUGUAUGCAGCUUAUAGAAGUAGUCCACCUUCAGUCUCUGGAAUAUAUAGUGGCAUAGGUGGUCUGUAUAGUGGCAGCCAUCCAUCGUCUGGAAUAUAUAGUGGCUCUGCAUCUCUUGGAAGCAUCUAUGGGUCCACUGAACCUCCCCCAGUACCCCCACCUCCUAUUGAAGAGAGUGGUGCUGUUGGUGGUAUUCACCAUCGGAGGGAGCAUUCUCUGAAUUCUAUACACUCCAUUCACUCCAUAAACUCCUUUAAAGAAUUUUAUGACAAGAGCACUCUUAACCAGUUUAUUUCAACGUCUCCAAAGCUGUCAAAUAGAGAGAUGGAGAUGAAUCGUAUGUCAGGGUUGUAUGGAAGUAUUGCAAGCACUGGUGAUUACUCCGGUUUAACAGAGAUGUUUACUGAUCCUGUAGAAGAAGAGGGUGGUGACAGAGUGGUAUGGGAGUUCCACAAUGUCACACUAAAUCGAGUACCUGGCUAUGGCUUUGGUAUUGCUGUCAGUGGUGGCAGGGACAAUCCCCACUUCACCAAUGGUGAUCCCUCCAUAGCCAUCUCUGAUGUCCUCAAAGCUGGUCCUGCUGAGGGAAAACUUCAAAUCAAUGAUCGUCUCAUAUCAGCCAAUAGCAUUAGUUUAGAGAAUGUGGAUUAUGCUCGAGCAGUACAGGUAUUACGUGAUUCUGGGGCCUCUGUUCAGCUUGUGGUCAAGAGGAGGAUUGUUAUACCAGCCCCAGAAGCACAAACACUUAAAGUUACCCUUACUAAAAACAAGAAAAAAGAUGAUUUUGGCAUUGUCUUAGGUUGUCGAAUAUACAUUAAAGAAAUAUCAAAUAAAGCAGCUGUAGAUAAAGAUGGGACCCUAAAGGAAGGAGAUGUUUUACUUCGCAUUAAUUCUAAUUCCACUGAUAAUUUAACUCUUAAAGAAGCUAGAAAAUUAAUAGAAAGUGCAAAGGAAAGAUUACAGUUAGUAGUCAGAAGAGACCCUCCACCAUCUGUAAUGGCCCCUCCAGAUCUUACUGUUAAGGAUAUUCGCAACCCUGAGCAUAGUGACACACGUCCUAAUUAUUCUACCCAGAAUCUCUAUGUUCAGCCACCAACUCGAUCUGAUCACCAGCGCAGUUUGUAUGGCCCAGACACCCCUGAUGCCAAAAAUAACCUGAUGAGGUCUGGGUAUAACCCUGUGGUGGUGGGCAUGUCAUCUGGGGAGGUUCCAUAUGGUCUGCAUGACCAGGGCUCCCCCCACGAUGAUGCUCCUCCCCCACGCCCUCCCCUUCCCCGUCCUGAGGAUUACUACACCCGCCAUGCACCUAAGGAAGGCCAAAACUCACCAUCCAAGGGCCCCAGUCUCCCGGUACCAGACCCACGCUUUGUGAGUUUCAAGAAGGAGGGCAGUGUGGGUAUUCGACUUACAGGCGGCAACGAAGUGGGAAUUUUCGUGACAGCAGUUCAACCAGGAUCUCAGGCUCAGCUCCAAGGACUUAUACCCGGCGAUAAAAUACUCAAGGUUAAUGAUAUGGAUAUGUCAGGUGUAACAAGAGAGGAGGCAGUUCUUUAUCUCAUGAGUCUUCAGGACCAAAUUGAUUUAAUCGUACAAACACGUAGACAUGAUUAUGAUCAUAUCCUCAAUAGCCAAAAGGGUGAUCUGUUUUAUAUCAAAACACAUUUUCAUUAUGAGCCAAAUGGAAAAUCAGAAUUAAGUUUUCGUUCAGGAGACAUCUUCAGAGUUGUUGAUACCUUACACAAUGGUGUUGUGGGAGCUUGGCAGGUCCACAGAAUAGGUCGUAAUAAUCAAGAGACACAAAAGGGUAUCAUACCCAACAAGGCAAGGGCUGAAGAACUUGCUACUGCCCAGUUUAAUGCAGCAAAGAAAGAACAGACACAGUCGGAAUCAAGGAGUGGCUUCUUCAAGAGACGAAGAAAUUCCAGGAGAUCGAAGUCAUUAGGGAAGGAUCACUGGGAAGAUGUUGUAUUUGCUGAUUCAGUAUCUAAAUUUCCUGCCUAUGAAAGAGUCGCUCUUCGACAUCCGGGAUUCGUAAGGCCAAUUGUUUUAUUCGGUCCAUUAGCAGACAUAGCAAGAGAAAAGUUGUUGAAGGAAAACCCAGACAAGUUUGCAUCUCCACGGAUAUACAUGCGACUCACAAUGCCUAUACCGUGUUACGGGGGUUACCCAUACCCCUCUCUCCGGGAAUUGGACAGCAGUGGAGAGAAACCCUCAGGUAUCAUUCGUUUGAGUGCUAUAAGAGAGAUUAUGGAUCGUGGUAAACAUGCAGUGUUAGAUAUUACUCCAAAUGCUGUUGAUCGACUGAAUUAUGCCCAAUUCUAUCCAAUUGUCAUUUUCCUAAGAGCAGAAUCAAAGCAGAAUGUUAAGGAACUUCGCAGUGGUUUUCCUAAGGGCAGGAUGAGCAGUAAAAAGCUGUUUGACCAAAGUGUUAAAUUAGAAAAGCUGUGGUCACAUGUGUUUACUGCUAUUAUUAGUCUAACACAACCUGAAUCAUGGUUCCGUAAAGUAAAGGAGAUCGUUGAGAAACAGCAAUCUGGACCAGUUUGGAUGUCUGAGACAAAGCCUGUGGAGUUUCUCUCAGAUGUGUACUUAAUGCCACUGAUCCCAUCACCAUCUGGUUCAGAAGAAGAACUCCAUUCUUUUUUCAAUGAGGAUAAUGAACUGGAUGCUGAUAAUUUUCCAGACCUUGGACAUGAAGGGCAGAAUGAAACUCAAGAUCCUUCCUUUGAAAUUGUUGUGGAGACAAUCUCCCAAAACAUGAUGAAUGGUCAUAUUUCAGUCUUAGCUGAAGACGAAAAGCAGCCUGAUGUACCUAUCAGAUAUUCUUCUUCAAAUAUUUUAUCACCAUCUUAUCCACCUCCCACUGAGGCCCUGUCUGAUGACUUCCUCUUUCCAAUGACUUCCCGUCUUUCCUAUGCCUCAUCUCCCGAGUCUGAUCUAGAGACCGGCCCAGAAUCCCGCACUCCCUCCAAGUCUCCCCAUCGAGUUCCUCCCUCCCUCAAUGCAUAUUCAGAUUCCCGAGACUCCAGAGGACGAUUAGUCAAAAGCUCCUCAGAUCCAAGUCUUGCAGCACCAGAAGAAAAUUUACCAAAUGCUUAUGGAGGCCCACCACCUUACACAGCAACUAGUCCAACAAGGCUUCAACCGCCUGGACCCAAAGAUGCAUUUGAUGAUCGCAGAAAAUCUCAUGGCGGAGACAGCAAGUAUGGCUUCGCUAGUGGAGGCUUCGCUAGCACAGACAUAUAUGCAUCCCGCCCUCCUGUGACCAGUCAAAGCAACAAUAAUAUUGGGAGUGGAGGUGGAGGAGGCAGUAGUGGCGGUGGUGGUGGUAGUAGUAGCAAUAGUGGAGGUGUGACAUCUGUACCUGGCUCACCUUAUUCAUCAGUCCCUCCUCCUGGUUAUAAUAAUCGACCCCCACAACAAACCAACCUGCCUUUACCAGCCCAUUCUCCCCAUCAUCGUCGUUCCCCUCAUGUUAUUCCUGGCAGAGGUCCCCCUCAUGUGGGAUAUUCCCCUCCAGGACCAGGAGGACAUUUGCCUCCUCCACCUCCUUACCUCAAUGGCCACUCCAAUGAAACAGGGCCAGAAUUACCUCCAAAGGUUGACCGUACCAGUAAACCUGGUAGAGUUAGAUCUGGUCAGGAUUUUGGGUCUGGGAAAGAGCUGGAUUAUGACAACAACUACCUAAAUACAGGACGAGGCAACAGUUUAGAACGACAGCACAAGAGCCCGUACGAAAUGAGCCCGUCUUUGGGUCCCAAUGCCCAUGAUGAUCUCAAGAGUAGACUUCACCCACAGUCACCUCACGAACCUUACAGAUAUUCUCGUUCUUCCUCUCAGCCGCCCACUUAUCGUUCUGAUGACCCAUACAGAUCAUCAGAUUAUAAACCUGUACCCCCACCAAAGAGUAGUAACUACAAACCAGUGCCCCCACCAAAGCCAAAAAAUUAUAAACCACAACCACCAGGAAGUAAUCCAAUUACUAUGGAAGGCGGUUUGAGCGGUUGGGAUGUAUAUGAUGGUCGUAAAUUGCAUGACAGAGGAAAUUAUCAUACCACAAGUAAUGGAGGUUUAAGUGAUGACUAUAGCGGGCUUGACAGUGGCCAGGGCAGUAGUUUAGAUAGAAAAUAUGACACAUUUGGUCGUUCUUCGUACAGUAAGGCUGCUACAAGUGGUAGAAGUGGCUACUACCUCAAUGUUCCUCCACCAUGGGAUAUGGUUAGUGGUGGUGGUCAGCAUGGAGGAGGUGGACCAGGUGGACGUGACCUCCCAAACCAUGAUCACAGAGGGAGUGCGUUUGAGUUGUAUAAGAAGCCUCCAGAUCCUCGAGGACCACCUGGCAGUCAACCAGGGCCACCUUUAAAUGCUGACCUUGGUAACAGCAGGAGGUCACUCGCAGAUGAUGGCAAACAUAAGGUGAUAGCCACUGCACGAGGGGUGUAUGAUCACAAGGGUGGUACUCUGACCUCUGAGGAAACAGGCGUGUCCAUAGUCAUUCCCCCAGGGGCCAUAACCAAGGGUACCAAACAAGAGAUUUACUUCAAGGUGUGCCAGGACAGUUCACUGGUCCCUCCACUCGACCAAAACAAAGGUGAAACCCUUCUUAGUCCUCUAGUGAUGUGUGGUCCUCAUGGUCUACAAUUUGAACGCCCUGUUGAACUUCGUCUCCCUCAUGCUGCCUCAGUCUCACCCAAUACAUGGAGUUUUGCUCUGAAAUCAUCAGACACUCCCACAGGUCAGCCAACACAAUGGACCAAUAUGGCAUUGGCAGAUGCACCUCAUUCAUCACACAUAGGUGCCAACUGUGUGUCAGUUUUAGUUGAUCACUUCUGAAGACACAUGAAUGAUCUAUGUGCUGAUACUUUUCCCCUCUUGUAAAAUCUGAAAACUGUCAGUGUUUCUGCAUACUGUCUUGAAAGGUAAAAAUUGUACUUUUACCAUACUGUACUGUAAUUUUAAAUUUUUAUUCAUCCUGAUUUGUUAUAGCAAACAAAUUUCCCAAUGUUACUGAACAAAAUGACUUCAAAUACAAAUACUCUUUGGAAGUGUGGUUUUUGUUGUAACUGUGGAGUAUUUCUGUGUAACUGAUCACUGAUAUUUAUGGAACUGCAUAGUUUUAAAAUUUUUAUCUCGGUAUGUGAUAAAAACUGAUGUGUUAUUUGUACAGUACUGAAAAAUAGUUGUGUCUUAAAAUCAUACAUAAUAUCUUAUGGAGUGUGGGUUGAAUGAGUGUCUUUCAAAAGUGGAGGGGUGUAACAGUAACAUUUGAUAAUUGACUGAUUGUACCUUGGGAAAGUUAAAUAUCAUUCGUGCUUGUACAGCCCAGUUUGCCUUUCAGAUACCAUUUCCUUAAUACGUAUAAACUUGAUUUUUUUGCUGAUUAUUCAACUUUUCUCUACAGUUGUGAAUCAUGUAAUAUAAGGUUGUCUUCAUAGUAUAUUUUUCCCUUAUUUAUUUAUUGUUUCUAAACAUGAUGAGAUUAGUAAUCAAAUGUGGGCUUAAUGUUCAAAGUAAUAAUAGACUGCUUGAAAAUAGAUACACUUUUCGUAUGUUUUCACAAUUAAGGGGUGACUGUGAAAUUUGUUGAUACAUUUAACUAAUAAGGAAAUUCAACUGAUUGUGCAAAUUAUAUAGCAGUAAUAGUUAAGCUUUACUGGGCUGUGGAAAUGUUUUAAUUUCCAGUAGACAAUAAUGUAAAGUUGUAUUAAUGCUCAAACAACUUGAUUUUGUUCUAGAGAUAUAGUUAUAAAAAAAAACUUUUAAGAUGAGGUUAUAUGUUUGAGAAAAAAAAAUUAAUAGUAUUGUUUACUGUUGUUGCUAGUGUGAAGUGAUAUUUUAGUCUAAAGUAAAAGACAGUAUCUGAUAGAUAUUUCUAAUACGUACUGAUGGCAGGAUCAGGAUCCUUUUUUAAAUACAGUAUGGGUUUUAUUGGUGCACAAAUACAUUUUAAUCUGCAUUUAAUCACUAAAUCCAUUAUGACUCCAUAUUAGAUUGUAGAAAGAAAAGUUGUUAAAAAGUAGCACAAUACAGGUAUAUCAGUAUUGAUAUCUGCAAAGCAUUGAAAAGUGCCUUUCCCCUAGUUUUCAUUACAAUUUCAAGUACUAUAAAAUUAUCAAUUGUUCUUACCUGCAACUGUUGUUUUCUAGUACAUGUUUGUUAAUUAAGCAUCUAAGCUGUUUUGUAUAUAAAACCAUAACUGUACAGUAUUUCAUUUAUCUUCCACCGCACAUGAAUUUACGAUCUGUAGGCAACUGGGUUAAUGAAAAUUCAGCGGUGAUUAGAACUGAAUUUGAGGUCUUCUUCCUUUUAUUAUUAUUAUUAUUAUUAUUAUUGCAAAAGGUCCAAUUAUUUGUGAGCCUUUAAAGCAAAUACAUAAUGUAAAUGGACUCUUCAACUGGCUGAGCUAAUGAUAGUUUAAGGGUAUGUAUCACAUUACCCUUCUGUAAAUUACCUGUUGUGUCAGUAUUGUUAUCCAGUCAUUAGAUGUUGUCCUCUCUUGUUCAGCCUGUUAGUAUUUGUCCAUUUCAAGUUUACUAGUCUAAAUUAUACAGUUUGAUGUUAAGGAUUGUAAAGUCUUAUGUUACCUUUCACACAACGAAUAUUAUUAUUUCUGUAUAUAAAAAUAUGUUCUAGUAGUACUAUUCCUGUAUAUUGCAUAAAUUUGUAACCUAUAGAAGUGUUAAAUAAAAUGGAAUUAUUUCUUAAAA